AUCUCUCACGUACCAACUUCCAUUUGCGCCUUGGUACCUUCUUCUAUUGAAAGAUUACGCGAGCUCCACCCCGCCGACUCAAGCCACCUCUAAAGGUGCUUGUCAUCAAUGGAGAGCAGCAGCAGCCUUGGCGCCAAAGUAGCCAUCCCUCGGCUCAAGCGGCCUGACCGGCAGACUGUUCUUCCGAGGCCUCCCCGUGUUCGCUCCGAGAAAGUGGAUAAGGCAUGCAACAGAUGCAGGAAGCGCAAAAUGAGAUGCUCUGGCACCAGACCGCGCUGCAUCAAUUGCACGAAGUAUGACGAGGAUUGCAUCUAUUAUCUGUCACGCCGGGACCGGCUAAGAGAGGCCACUUACAAGAGUGAAGUUCUCUCCACACUGCUCGAGGAUAUCCGUGGCGUCCUCGACGACGAGCAUAAAAAGAGAAUUGAUGAUGUACUUAAAGAGUUUGACAACGACAAGCCUCCACCAUCGCCAUCCGUACACACUAAGUCAUGCAAUACACAGUCGAUGACGUCAUCGUCUACUAAAAUGGAUUGCGACAGGCAGGCGUUUG